GGGCCAUCGUUCCAUGUGGUUCCAUGCGAACAUCGCGGAUCUCGGAGCGCUCUGUACAAAGUCGAUAGCAUCGCUUUCGUGACGUUGGUCGAUAGCUGUGCGGGCAUCGUUCUUUUCAGCGAGAAAUUGAAGUUCGAUAUCAAUAAAAUAAUUCAUGAAGAGUUGAUUUGAGAUAUCGGAAAAUUCGCGGUAAAUUUGUUAUUCGUGUCAUACCCAUGGUACAACAAGGCGUUGGGAAGUUGGCAUAAGGAGAUCGUUUAAUUCGAAAUUAUGCAACGGGAGUCGUCCAUUUUGGUGAUCUAUGAGAAAUAAACGACGCUAUAAAUAGAGUAAACAGUCUAUAUCAUAUCAGGGAGAGCAUUGCUAGCAUUAUGUAUCCAAAUACAUAACCAUGGAAAAUAAACAAAUAAUAGCGUCCAACAGUAGUAAGUCACCUGGAGUAGUAGACGAUAAGAAUGAAAUGCAAAUGGUCCUUGCUAAGAUGAUGGAAGAGAAGCAUACUUACACAUACAAGAAGCUGGUUGUACCGAUGUCCAUGCGUAGCAUCUACUGGAAGUUCUUUGGUUUUCCAGCUACGGACGAUGGCGAUAUUUUAACUAAAGUAAAAAUCGUUUGCAUCCUUUGCAAGACGCAAAUUGCAUAUAACCGUAACACUAGUAAUUUGCGAAUGCACCUUCAAAACAAGCAUGCUCAAGAGCUGAUGGAUCUGGAAGCAACUAAUCCUCCUCGUCGGCAAACUCUUUCUCAAGAAACCAAAGAGCGACGAGCUCAAAAAAGAAUGCUCAAAGCUGGUCUGACUAACACUCAACAUAUUUAUACAACGACAGCAGACGGUACCGUACAAAUAGACGGAGACAUACAAUUUGUCACGGAUCCAAAUAUUAGUCUUUCAAAUAUGGAGGAAGAUAUUGGUAUGAGCCAGCCAUUGCGGGUCAUGAUCAAAGGUGGAACCGGGAUGGGAAAUAGUGGUCAAAAUGUUGCAUUCCUUAUGCCAGAGGAGAACCAGAUCCAACAGUCUAGUAUUGAUGGUAAGACCGUAUCGGAUGCGAUUGCUGAAUUCAUCAUAAUGGAUCUGCAACUGCCAGAAGUCGUUGAAGGCAGAGGAUUCCAAAGGCUUAUAGCAACCCUCCGUUCUCCUUGUGAAAUUCCUAGUAAAAACAAAUUAGAAGAUGAAAUCAUACCUAAGGUAUAUGAUACAUUCAGAGAAUCCGUCGCUACCAAUUUGUCUUGUGUUAGCGGCGAGUUUGGCCUCGUAAUUGAAGAAUGGAGAUCAUUUUCAGGAGAAAGUUUUGCAACUGUGUCAAUUUUUUACCAAAAUAUGGGAGAGCCAUCACUGGAGUGCAAAGUCUUGACGACUUUGCACAUACCUGUAGAAUGGGGUGAAACUCAAUGGGGAACUGCUGUGGAUUCAUUAUUACUGAAUUGGGAUCUGAGAGUAGAUCGUGUCACAGCUGUAGUUGUGGGAACUUCCAGAGCUGAAUUAUUGGCAGCUCUGUCCACUCGGGGUUUAGCCUUAGUCCCAUGCUUGCUUCAUACCCUGCAAGUAUGUGCUCAGGCUUGCUUUGAGAAUGCGGAGGUUGCAGCAAUUCUAACUAAAUGCAGAACUGCGAUUGGGGCUAUAGUCAGUCAUCCGGCUGCCUCUGCUGCUUUGCUUAUGCAGGAACAAAUAUUAGAGCUCGAAGAGAAUGCAAUGGUCAUGGAUUAUCCACCAGUAUGGACGUCAACGUAUCAAAUGCUGGAGCAGAUGGCGCUACGGAGAAACAUAGUUGCAUCACUGCUUGAUGGAAUGGAAGGGAUUGACCAGGAGAUUGUUAGUCUUUCAAACGAACAGUGGAAAAUAGUUGAGGAUCUUGUUGCAGUCCUUGAGCCCUUCAAAGUAACGAUCAUGACUCUGAGCGAAGAAAAAAUGCCACUUAUUUCACUAUUAAAACCUUUGCUGUGGCAGCUCGUUUCCUCGCACUUGAAAGUCAAAGAUUCAGACAGUGAGACUGCUCGCUCUUUCAAGGAAUCUUUAUCCGAUAUGCUGUGUGAUCGAUAUUCUGACCCCAGUGUUACAUUACUCCUUCAAACAGCCACCACAUUAGAUCCACGAUUCAAACAGUUGCCGUAUGCUACCGAAGAAGAUAAAAAUAUGGUAGCUGGACCAAUCAAAGAGAUGCUGACUAAAUUAAUAGAAGAGGAGGGUGGGGAACAAAGUACCAAAAUCGAAGAGGAACCUUCUAGUAAAAAAAAUCGACUCUCUGGCAUGGAACUCUUACUCGGUGGGUUGUGUGCAACAAAAACUGGCAUGCCAGCAGAAGAGAAGGCGGACCUGGAAUUGGUCCAAUAUCAAUCUGAGGCAACGGCCCCUCUCGAUUACUGCCCUCUGCAAUGGUGGGCUAAAAUAACAGCAAAAUGUCCAAAUCUCGGCCGUCUAGCUCGUAGAUACAAUUGCGUUCCUGCUUGCUGUGCGCCGCCUGCCCGUAUACCUGCCGAUAUGCAGGUUCUUUAUGAUACAAGAAGAGCAGCUCUACCUCCACAUUUGGCUGACAAACUGCUUUUUUUGCACAGCAAUCAUAACGUCUGAAAAUAUUUCCAUAAGGGAAAUGAGGACAAGAUCGAAGCAGAUAUUCAAAAAUAAUUUCGUUCGCUAUACACGCGAAACUGCCGUUUUCUGCUGUAAAUUUGUACAUUGGUUUCUUGAAUCAGUAGAUAGAGGUAAGUGUUAUCUCGAGACAUUGAUGAAUAUGUCUACCAGAAUCAAAAUAUCAAAAUAGACUUGACAUUUCUAAUAAACAUGUAUAGAGUAAUGGAAAAAAAAGUAAACAAAUAUUCUAACAGAAUAUAUUCAUUUCAAAGUAUGGUAGGCAGUUUACAUUAUUUCGUUAUUAAUCAUACCAAUAAGACCCAGAAUUUACGAAAUUUUUAUCACUAGGAAUUU